UUAAAGCGAAGAGAAGUAGGAGCAGGAAAACGGAGAGAAAGAGUGAGAGUAAGGAGAGCUCUUUCGGGAACGUUGAGAGGAGAGAGAGAAAAAAAUGAGUUUGAAUGGAAACGGAGGAGGGCAGUGGAAUAAUCAAGGGAAUGGAGGUAAUGGCGAUAAUGGAGGGAAUUGGGGAGCAGGCAACGGUAAUGGAAAUGGAGGACCGAACGGAGGGAACGGAGGAGAGAACGGGAACAAUGGUGGGUGGAAUAACGGAGGCAAUGGAGGUAACAGAGGGUGGAACGGAGCCAAUGGUAACAACGACAAUGGAGGAUGGAACGGCAGUAACGGUGGAAACGGAGGAGGGAAUGGAAACAACGGUGACAAUGGAGGUUGGUACGGAAACAAUGGGGGAAACAGAGGAGGGAACGAAAAUAACGGAGGGAACGGGGGAUGGAACGGUAACGGCAACAAUGGAGGAAAUCAAGGGAACAACAGCAGGGAUUGGAAGCGAUCAGCACAGUGUUACAACUGUGGGCAGUACGGACACAUCAGCAGAGAGUGCAAUGCUCCACGACAAGGGAAUUACAAUCAGGGAAACAACAACAACAAUGGCUCAGGCAACUCAAACCAUGGAGGAGGGCGGGGGUUAAACGAUGGAGCAAGCAACUCGAACCAAUCAACGGCGGGGAUCGGCCUCGGCAAAGAGCUAGAGGAAGGAAUACGGAAGAUGUGCAUGUACACGAACUUGCAGCCGGAGAAGAAAGAGAAGAAGGAGGCAGAGAAAAAGGCCGAGGAAGAGAAGAAAAUACGGGACGAGGAAGAGAGAGUGAUAAGGGAGGAGCAGAAUCGACUGGAAAUUCAGCGAAAGAAAGCAAAAGAGGAGAAAGAGGCGGACAGGGAGUGGAAGCUGGAGAUGUUGCUAGCAAGACAGAAGGAGUCAUUGAGAGAAGAAUUCGAACGGAUGUUUGAAGCACGAUUGAAAAAAAUGGUAGUAACUGAGAGAACGGUGAAGGGUAAGGCAAAAGCAGUGGAAUCGGAGUCAGAGGAGGAGCAGGAGGAAUUGGAGGAAAGACUUGAGAAACGGAAAAGACAACCGGCUCAAGCAUGUCAGGUGAGCCCGCAAGGAGAAACGUCGUCAAAAGUUGGAAGAGCGACUACGUCGACACCAAGAGCUGUCGCGGAACGGGAGUUUCCUAGGUUGAGAGUGUCAGUGCACCAGACGACCGAAAAUGAAGGCAUUGGCUUCCCUCUAAGGGAAUCGGCCCUAUGAGAAGGAGCACCUACUGCGGACGAGUACCUCACGACGACGGCUUUUCGAAAGGCCGUACGGAGAUUUCUCGGGAAGAAGUUGAAACCGACCAUCGAAGCCAUGUGUUGAGAGGUUGGCGUUGCGUAUAGGGGAAGACCCGAAGCAAUGGGCGAUUUGGUAGAACUGCGCGUCAUGUAUUUUAGCGCAGAAGCUCUACAGGUUACCCCACCCAGACCAAGAGGAGGGAUCGUCAUCCGAGAAGCAACGAAAGUUACACCACCUAGCCCAAGGGGAAUGACUAUCAGGGAAGUGUCGGUCAAUACAACCAAGGAAGCAUCUGCAGAGGGUGGCGUUGUCGGGACGAGUAAUCGGACCAGUAACCCUCCAUACCAGUGAGCUAUGGCGGGAUCUGGGUGAGUACCUUAACUUACGUCGACUAUUUAUGUCGGACUUCGCUAUAGGAGGACGCAAGUUACGUGAGCUAACGGAGCAGGUAUUGAGAUUGCUAGUAGUAUGGCUAGUAUUAAGGGGGGAGAUGCAAUGGGGAAAUAAAUUCCUAGGGAACUG